GGAGUGAAAUCUGAGGGAUCGUCAACACCAGAUGGCGCGGCAACGGCACUGAAGCGGGUGAAGCAUCGGCACGUGUCGUGCAUAGCGUGACAGUGAGGUGGAUAAUAAUAUAACAAUAAUUUGUCAACAAAUGGGUGUUCAAUGUGCGACGAUCGGUGAGAUUCAAAGGAGGCCUUGCCGAUUGUAAUUUGGCGUCCAUAUUUCAUUUGCACGUACAAAUACAGGGGAUGGAGAUUGUCUUUCAGGUUAUGGUGUAUUCACUCUUCGUACGCUUGGCGGGAGAUGCAGCGUACAGUUAAUACAGUAAUAAAAUAUAUAUAUCUAUAUAUAUAUAUAUAUAUAUGUAUCAGGAUCUCUAUAGAUUUUUAGAGAAACAUCGUCGUCGCGCAUUUGUAUUUUUUAACUUUAGUACUCUUAUCAACGAACGCGAUGACGGGAUCUGAUCCUAGUCUCUUGACAUUCGAUCGCGUAUCCAUGCUUGCUCCGAUGCUUUUAAUUCUCGUUACGUGUCUCACAGUCUUCCACAGGUUAAAAGUGAGAUGGCCUGUAAAUGUAAACUGCUGGUUCUGCAACAAUAACUCAAAAAUUUGGAAGGAGGAUUUAAAUUGGUGGUUGUGCUCUUGGUGCGAACAAUACAAUGGCUUCUCCAAGAAUGGUGAUUACAUGUAUAAUAUCCCAGAACAAUAUGCAACAUCAAAUAUGUCUACAAGAUACUGCAGACUAAUCAAACAAAGCAAUUCGCGCAACAUCUCCAUGAAUCACCUCUGUGAAGAUUGCAACAAGCAGGAAAAUCUAAAAUUGUUAGAAUUAUCCAACUUUGAACCAAAAAGUGAGAGACAUUACAAUGCUGAGUUGACAAAGUUCAAGAAAUAUCUAGAGAAGAGAUAUCCGCUGUGCAACAAUUGCAAAUUGACAGUACAGACUGUAUUGAAUAAACAAGCAUUAUGGUUAACUUGUUAUAAAAUGUUAUUCUUCAGACAGAAACCGAUUAAAAUGCUUAUCGGUAAUACGGACAAAAGAAUACGGAGAAAAUUGGAAAUAUUUUCCCGAGUUAUGUCGACAAUCCUGAUUCCAAUUAUUGUAUACAAUCAUGACUCUAUUUGGUUACCGAUUGGCGGUUUAUUUUUUUACUUGUGCGCUUGUUGGGCAAAUUCAAAGAGGAAGAGACUCGACAUAUUAUUGAUAUUUUUAUGGUUUUGUAUUAUUAGUUUUGUUUACAUCAAGAAUUCAACUUUUCAAAAUGUCUGGCUUAUGAUGGACAUUGUGCAUUGCAUGAUACAAGUAUGCGCGUUUAUUACAGGUUUCUUGAGUAUAAAACUUAUUUCAAAUAAAAAUACAUUAAUAGGCUCAGUGGCAUUCAAAAAGCUCAAACUGCAUCCACGAAAUGUUGCACCUCAAUUCACGUUACAGAACCACAGUGAAAGCAAAAAUAACACUUCUAAUGAAAUAAUCAAUGGUGUUGAAUCGUCAGUCUAUGUAACAGGCGAAGUAUCUUCUACUGAAAUCAAAUCGCAUUCAGCAAUAUUGAGACAAAAGCUGUCUACCGUUGCAGACAAUAACAACGAUAAUCAUCUAAACUCUCAGAAUAAUAACAGGCUGCUAGAUGGCUGUUGCUUGAAUCACAGCCUGAGCACCCUCUUCCUAAGCGAAGACACAUCAAGAUAUGGCAAGAAUCCUGCGAAAGCAGCACCAGCAAUCUUCGAGCGAAAAAUAUACAGCACGACGAGCUCCGAGAAUCUGUUCAAGAAGUUCGGAUCCGGGAAUAGAAGAUAUAUCUUGUCGCCGCCGAAACUCAGGUCGGUGACGCAAACUUCGUGGGUGGCCGGGGGUUACUGGCAAGAGGGUCACAUGAUGACCGCAACCCCGCCGACGCUUUCACGAUCGUCCAGUCAGAGCUCCGGCUUCGGGUCGGCCGGUUCCUCCAACUUUGCCCCUUCCCGCGAGCCAUCCGUGCACGAGUUCGAUCGUUGCUCUAUCGUGUCGGAUGCCACCCGAUGGUCGUAUCAUGCAUCACAUGCGAAUCAUUCACCACGAAUCGAAGAACAGGAGAAUUAUGUUCGCGAGGCGAAUGUUGGCAGCCCGAAGGAUUUAACGCCAGCAUUUCCAGAUCAUCGCACUAGGACGACGACGACGACGGCGACGACGACGACGACGACGACGACGACGAUCGUUGCUAGCUCCGGCUGGCUCUCCGCGUUACUUUGCGGCUCGCUGAUUUUGAACAUGAUAGUGCUGUGCGCUACAUUAUUACGUUAACGUGUUGCCGCAUUGUGCCGAGUUGUUGUGUGUUCAUCGUAAUCUUAUGAUUGCUAUAUAGCUAUUAAUGUGAUCGCUAACGCUGAUUUAAUCCUCGAGUGCUUGGUGGAUUCGACUUGAGAGAUAUCUUCUUCUCAUUCCUCUCUUCUUGCCCGUCACGAUUUUUCUCACCUCGCAUAUAGUUUUACACACCAAAUAAAAUUUCAUAAAUUCCAAGAUUCAAUUUCGGGUCUGAUAGAUGACAUACAGGGUUCCACAAAAGUGUAGAAACCCCUUAAUAUUUCGAAAAAUACGCAUUUAAAAAAAAAAAUGUUUCGUAAAAAAGUUAUAGGGUUUUAUAUGGCGCAUUACACAGCGACAUUAUUAUGACCUCUAAUAGUGUUCUCAAGGUUAUGUGGAGAUCAGCUUCAAUUUUUUAAAUGGAACCCUAUAUUUUUUAUUACAUUAUCUUGCAACUUAUCUUGAGAGCUUUUCAAAACACUA